AUGACGACCGAAACACAAGCUGCGCCGAGCAAUGCCUCGACCGGCGAUACCGUUGUGUCCCAAGAAUUGAGUGAGAAGAGGUCUUUGGAGACUGCGCCAGAGCAAGACCACGAAAACAUGGAGGAGAAAGCUGAAGCUCAACCCGUUACACCUAUCGAUGCGCCGGUGGAAAAUGCUCAGUCUGGCCCACCCCUUGAUCGCACACCUUCUUCUGCGCAGAAGAUGGGCAAGAAGAAGAUUGCUUUGGUCAUGGUGGCGCUAUGUAUGGCAUUGUUUCUUGCCGCUUUAGAUAUGACUAUCAUUUCUACCGCGUUGGUCACCAUCGCAGACAAUUUCCAUGCAACUGAAAGUGGAUAUUCGUGGAUUGCUGCAUCCUAUCUUCUCGCAAAUGCCGCUUGUAUUCCAUUGUGGGGCAAGAUAUCUGAUAUUUGGGGACGCAAGCCGAUCAUUUUGAUGGCUAACGUCUUGUUCUUGGUUGGCAGUUUGAUCUGCGCCUUGGCAAAGAACUUGCCGAUGAUCAUUGCUGGUCGUGCGGUCCAGGGUAUUGGUGGAGGUGGAAUUAUCAUUCUGGCCAAUAUCAGUGUUUCAGAUUUAUUCAGCAUGCGUGAUCGGCCUAUGUACUAUGGCAUUUUCGGUGCUACAUGGGCUAUUGCGGGUGCGCUAGGUCCUAUUGUUGGUGGUGCUUUUACGACCGAUGUUACUUGGAGAUGGUGCUUCUACGUGAACUUGCCCAUCGGCGGUGUCUCGCUUGUCAUCUUGUUUUUCUUCCUCCACAUCGAAUCCCCCAAGACCCCGUUAGUGGCUGGUCUGCGCACCGUCGACUGGAUUGGAACUUUCACUAUCAUAGGAGGUACUCUGAUGUUCCUCUUCGGUCUCGAAUUCGGCGGUGUCAACUACCCAUGGGCCUCUGCAACCGUCAUCUGUUUGAUCGUCUUUGGUAUCGUGGUUUGGGUGCUGGCUUUCCUGGCCGAGUGGAAAAUCGCCAAAUACCCCAUCAUCCCGACCCGUCUCUUUGGCGAAUGGUAUAACGUCCUGAUUCUUCUGGUCUGUUUCUGCCACGGCUUUGUUUUCAUCUCUGGAACCUACUACCUUCCACUUUACUUCCAAACAGUCCUCAUGGCAUCCCCUAUCAUGAGUGGUGUCUACGUUCUGCCCUUGGUUCUCGCACUUUCGAUUGGCUCCGCGGUAACUGGUGUCCUUAUGAAGAAGACCGGUCGCUACCGUGAACUUAUCUCCGGGGGCCUCUUCAUGAUGACUCUCGGUUUUGGUCUAUUCAUCGAUCUCAAGCCUUACGCAUCAUGGCCUCGUAUCAUCAUCUUCCAGCUCAUCGGCGGUAUUGGUAUUGGACCUAACUUCCAGGCUCCACUGGUCGCAUUCCAGGCUAACGUCCGCCCCGCCGAUAUGGCCAUCGCAACUGCUACCUUUGGCUUUGUCCGCCAACUCUCCACCUCCAUCUCCGUCGUUCUCGGCACGGUCGUCUAUCAGAACGUGAUGGGUCAGCAAGCAGCUAAGCUGGUUGCUGCUGUCGGAGCCGAGAAAGCCGCAACCAUUUCCUCCUCGUUCUCUGGAUCUUCCAGAUCUCUUAUUGAAAGUCUGACUGAAUCCCAGCGCGCCGUCGUGCUCGAGGCAUUCACCUACGCCCUGAGCCGUAUGUGGAUUCUUUACACUUGCGUUGGCGGCAUCGGCUUUAUUCUUUCCCUUUUGAUACGCCCGAAAGUGCUGAGCAAGUCUCACACUAUUCAGAAGACUGGUCUUGAUCAGCAGGAGCGCAAUCGACAGGAUCUGAUUGAUAUGCAGCGCAAGGCUCAGGGAAAGCCCGAGGAGGAGGCUUAA